AUGCCUUAUCAAAGGCAGCAGGGCUAUAAUCAGCAGCACCAACAACAGUUGGCCUACCAACCACCUAAUCAACAACAUGACAGCAACAUGGUAGAAAUCGAGAGCAUGCUGCAACCACUCAUUGGAACAAAUGGUAAGAUGCAAAACAAGUUAGCAACACAUGAUUCGGCAAUCAAAGGCAUUGAAACUCAACUGGGACAACUGUCUAUGGACUUUAAUAAUCGACCCCAAGGAACAUUACCUGCAGAUCCAAAUGUUAACCCAAAGGAGCAAAACCCAAAUCAGCUAAUGGCAGUGAGUCUCAGGAAUGGAAGAGAUUUUGACAGAGAGCAAGAAGUUGCUCAAACUACGCCAACUACUCCAGUUACAUUAGAGGCAGAUGGGUUAGCAGAGCUCACCGAGGUGAUUCAAUUGAACAUUCCACUGAUGGAUGCGUUGAGGGAAAUGCCAGGGUAUGCAAAAAUGAUGAAGGACCUGAUGUCGUCGAAAUUUGACUUCCAGGACCUAUCCACUAUAAUGCUGACACAGACCUGCAAUGCGGUAGUGACAAGACCUAUGGCCCAAAAGGUGUCUGAUCCAGCAAUCUAUACAAAACUGGGCAUUGGCAGAGCUAGACCGACCUCAAUGUUGCUGCAACUAGCUGAUCGCACAGUCAAAAGACCGAUAGGAAUUCUUGAUAAUGUGCUUGUGCAAGUGGGAAAAUUUGUAUUCCCUGCAGACUUUGUUAUUCUUGACUGUCAGGUAGAUGAAGAGAUACCCAUCAUUCUAGGAAGGCCAUUCUUAGCCACUGGAAGAGAAUUAAUUGAUUUGGAGGCCGUGGAUGUGAUACUGCAAGAAGAGGAUGGGACCCUUAAUGUCAAGGAUCCACUAGAAGCUUGCUUGAUGAAUUUGGAAGAGAUGGAGGGUGAAGGGUUGGAAGAGUGGGUCAUGGCUCUCGAAGGUCAAGGAUUCUGGAAAAGGGAACCUCAGUUCGAGCCCCUACGCUUAGAAGAGAGAGAAACAUCACCUGCAAAACCAUCAAUAGAAAAGCCACCACAGCUGGACUUGAAACCGCUUCCAGCCCACCUCAGGUACGCUUUCUUGGGGCCUAAUUCUACUUUGCCUGUUAUUAUAUCAUCUGGUUUGCUAGCUGUGUAG